GCUGCGGUCGCGGCGCUUGCGCGAGCGCGAGCGCGAGCGGCGGCGGCGCGAGCGGCUGCGUUCCCGCGUGCGGUCUCGCUUCUCGUGCUGCUGCGGCUCCUGGUUGUGUCUUGCGCUGCUGAGGGGGGCGUCCAUUGUGUGGAUUACGGUCGUUUUCGCAGUGUUGACGCAGCGCUGCUAUUACCUGGCAACUGUUUCGUAAGAGAACCAGCAGCUGACGGCAAAUGUGGAUCAAACUCAAAAGCGCGCGAGAUGAAAAAUAAUCAUAGCGUCCGUAAGACACUAGCAAUCACGACGCGUCGCGGGCAAGGUGAUUGA